CCAAAUAGGCCCGAGACGGCGUACGUUGAUCUGUGGUUGCCUCGUUCUCGGUGGCUGCACCAUGGACUCACUCGACGCCCAAACCACCACCGCCUCCUCCUCUCCAAACCCUAACCCUAAUCCUCCCACCUCCGAUCUCCCUUCUUCAAUCUCGCUCCUCGAGGACGCAAUCCUCGCCGCUGAAUCCACCAUCAAAUCCCUCUCCUCCUCCUUCUCCAGUCCCUCUCAAGAUUCCUUCUGCGUUUGCCCUCACGAUUCCCGCCACCGUCUCCCGCCGGAAUCCCUCUUCCGCCACUCCCUCCUCUGCUCCUCCUCCCCUUCAACUCCUCCUCUUCUUGAUUCUCUCGAGCUUCUCAAAACCCUUCGCUACACAAAACCCUCUCCCAUCAACCAAAACCCCCUUUGCCACGAAUCCGGCGAAGAUCUAUGCUUCUCCCUCGACGACAACGACGACGACGGCGACGAUUGUUUCUUCUAUAAAGAUUGCCCGGCUGUCGUCUCCCUUCACAAGCUCCCCGACGCGGAUUCCUCCACCCAAACCUUCCUUCUUCCUGCCAUUAUCUCCGCCGAAUGCGCCAACUUCAUUCGUGAUGCCCGCAAAGAGGAGCAAAGGGGGACUGAGUUGAAGAUUCUGCCAUCGGAGUUCUGGGCUUUGAGAUGCGAGGUGGAGGCGUGGGCGGAAGAUUACCCGGCCGCUUACUCUUGCGCUGUUCUUCGCGUGGCUUCUGGUCUGGAUAGGCUUGAAGAAUGUGGGUUUAAGAGAUGGGUUAUAUCUAAUUCGCCUCGAUUCGGGGUUGUGAUUGAUGCGGCGAUGAGAGACCAUGUGUUUCUUCUUUUCAAACUAUGUUUGAAAGUUGUUCGGAGGGAAGCUUUAUGUUCCCUUAACUCAAAAGCUACUAAUUCUUUUGAGUGUCCAAAGUUAGUUAGUAGCCUUAUGUGGCUAGCAUCUCAGCUUUCUAUUUUGUAUGGGGUAGCAAAUGGUAGGUUAUUUGCGAUAGCAAUGCUUAGAGAAUCAUUGUUGAAUGUUGGGUUCAAUUCUAUGGUGUUUAAGUCAAAGGAUGGUUCUGUGAGCGUCACUAGUGAUGAUGGUAUCGAUGGGAAGGGGUGUGAAUAUUCUCAGCCGAAAUCUUCUGGAGGCUUAGAGAUUUCAAAGAAUGUGGAAGAGUCAGAUGGUGGCCGGGUAUUUGUCUCGCAGAUUGCGGCUGCAGUUGCUGCGUUACACGAGAGGUUGCUGCUAGAAGAAAGGAUUAAGGAACUAUGGUUUGCCCGAAAGGUUCCCAAAUCUCAGCUAUUGAAUGCAUAUUUAUAUGCUUCAACAAGGGCUUGCGAGAUAAGAGAAAACCGUCCUAACUAUAGAGCUGUAUCAGAACAUGAUGGACUUUUUUGGCAGCGAGGAAAUAACCAGGCGCCAAUCGCUAAUUUUUGGCUGCAAACUCGCCUUCCUAUGUUGCAGGAUUCGGGCAAAGCCAAAACGAGGGAGGAGCUAUUAGCUGAGGAAAGGGAUUAUAAACGGAGGAGAACAUCAUACCGCGGGAAGAAAGUGAAGCGAAACGCAACAGAGGUCUUGCGGGACAUAAUUGAAGAGCACAUGGAGGAGAUCAUGCAGGCAGGUGGGAUUGGAUAUGAUGUGAAAGAUACUGGAGAACUUGCUGCUUUCUCUAUUGAUCGGAGCCCAGAUGUUAUAAAUGCACGUAUUCAUGAGUUUCAGCACGGGAGAUAUGAGGCAUCUGAAAGAAAACUAGCCUCACCUGGUUAUGAUAGACCACUUCUUUAUAAUAAUGAUAGAUCAAAAGUAAUUAAUGUUCUGCAAAACUCUAGAAAAGAACAGAGGCAUGAUUAUCGUGAGCAUCAAGAGGGGCACUGGAGAAGGAAGCAUAAAAAAGAAAAGAAUUAUUGGUCCGAAAACCCCACAAUUGCCCAAAAACGGACUGACUUACGUGACCAAUUCACACACCUAGGUGAGCAAGGUGAUACGAGAGCACAUGACUCUUAAGUUUCAGAGCAAAUUUUCUGCUGGUACUCCAAGAUACAAUGAUAACAUUGAUACAUCAAUGUCGAAGUCUAGGCUUGUUAUUACAAAUCCAGGACCUAAGCAUAUGUCAGAAGCUAUAAGUAUAAAUAGAGGCAAAACUGAGAGCUUAAGGUCGAAGUCUCUCAUGAUAACGGGAUUCAAGGACAGAUAUGACCCCUCAGCUUCAUAUGAUGAAUAUGAUUGAUUCCAAUGAUGAUAUUUCUCAGAAAAGCACUCUCUCUUUUGAAAACUGUCAUAUUCUAAAACACAAUGUCCAAGUAUGAUAAGUUUUGGAGACAUGAACAUGCAAUAGUUGCGAUCGUCACACUGAAUAACAUAGCAGUUAUUUAUCUGUAAUGACUAGUUCAAGCUUGAGAACUUUAUCAAUGCAACUGUAUCCUCCGCUGUAUCCUCAAACUGGCCAUGGUUUCAUUUAAUACAGUCCUUACUUAGUUUUUCA